ACAGAUGCACGUCACGUGACAUAGAGGGCAAGUCGCGCUGACACGGGUGGAAAAGUAACGUCAAAACGGGAGAUGGCGUACCAUUGCAAUCGCAGAAUGCCUACCCGAAGGACACACUUGACUUUUUAUUUUUCUGCAGCCACCAAGACAGUAUUUUAGAUCGGGGUUUAACGUUUGGGCGUAGGAGUUUGUUUCUCUGCUUUUUGCGGAGGCCGGCGCUGAGGAGUUAUGCCCGUUGAAGGUGGGAGCGCGGGGGGCGGCGGGGGCGUCCGCAGAGCCAAGCAGAAGCGCAAGUCGCACAGCCUCUCCAUCCGCAGGACCAACAGCACGGAGCAGGAGCGUCCGGGGACGCUGAGGGACGCCGUGGACGCGCAGCCCACUGGAAUACAAUAUUCCGGGAACAACUUACCCCUCAGAAUGGAGGAUUCUAAGCUACCCAUGUCUGUCCGAAGCAAUCUUCUGGAUCUCUUCGGCCAGAUCGAGAGAGAGUUUGAAAACCUCUACAUUGAAAACAUCGAGUUGCGCCGGGAAAUCGAUACGCUGAACGACAGACUGUCAGCGGAUGGACAAACUGUCGAUGGGGGAGACCUGACCAAGGGCGCUUUGAAAACGAAAGCGAGUCACAGCACCAGCCAGCUCUCUCAGAAACUGAAGACCACGUACAAAGCAUCCACAAGCAAGCGAUCACAUUCUUUCCAUGGCAAAGUAGGUGGACCACGCAACUUCAGUGUGGGAAACUGGGAGUUGUGGGGUGACUCAUGGGUAACGGAUCGUCUUCCCCGUGUACCAAUCGUGUCCAGCUUCAAGGCCACCACCAGCCGGGCUGUGUGUCAGCUGGUGAGGGAGUAUGUGGGUCACCGCGACGGGAUUUGGGAUGUCGGCGUUACCCGCACUGCGCCCGUGGUCCUGGGCACCGCCUCGGCAGACCACAGUGCCAUGCUGUGGAGCAUCGAGACGGGGAAGUGCCUCCUGAAAUACAUUGGCCACGCCGGCUCAGUGAACUCAAUUAAGUUUCAUCCCACUGAGCAGAUGGCUCUAACAGCCUCGGGGGACCAGACGGCUCACAUCUGGAGGUACAUGGUGCAGCUGCCCAUGGCCGCCCCCGUGCCGGAAGUCAGCGCGCCCUGCGAUGAGGAGGUUGACUUCUCAGACAAAGAUGAGGUGGAGGGGGACCCCGACGGUCCCAGCGAGUGUCCCACGCUGCGGCUGGCCUCCGCCACGCUCAGGAGCCACCAGGGCGUGGUGAUCUGCGCCGACUGGCUGGUGGGGGGCAAGCAGGCGGUCACCGCCUCCUGGGACCGGGCCGCCAACCUGUACGACGUGGAAACGUCCGAGCUGGUCCACUCGCUGACGGGGCAUGACCAGGAGCUGACGCACUGCUGCACCCACCCUACCCAGCGCCUGGUAGUCACCUCCUCCCGGGACACCACCUUCCGGCUGUGGGACUUCAGGGAUCCUUCCAUCCACUCUGUCAACGUCUUCCAGGGACACACAGACACUGUGACAUCUGCCGUCUUCACAAUGAGCGACAAUGUGGUCUCAGGCAGCGAUGAUCGCACCGUGAAGGUGUGGGAUCUGAAGAACAUGAGGUCUCCAAUAGCAACCAUCCGCACUGACUCCGCCGUUAACCGGAUCAGUGUCUCUGUGGGACAGCGGCUCAUUGCCCUCCCACACGACAAUCGGCAGGUCAGGCUCUUCGACAUGGCUGGAGUCCGAUUGGCCCGCCUGCCCCGCAGUAACCGACAGGGGCACCGACGCAUGGUGUGCUGCACAGCCUGGAGCGAGGACAACCCCUCCUGCAACCUGUUCACCUGCGGCUUUGACCGACAGGCCAUUGGCUGGAACAUCAACAUCCCGGCUCUGCUGCAGGAGAAGUGAGACGCUGGCCCGGGAUCACAGGAGAGAGGACUCCCUGCCCCGCUGCCUUGAUUAGAACUUGCCCAAAUGCGAGAACUUCUGCACCUUUGUUUUCAUUCAAUAUCUUUUUUUUUUCUUUGUCUACUGUUGAAAAGAGUGGUAGAAUGUUGUAUGAGGGUGUAUUUUUCUAGAAAGCAGAUCAGCUGAUGAUGAUGAUGAUGACAUUAAACGACGGCUCGGAUGCUCUGUACAGAGUCGUGGUCUUCGUUGCGCUGGUGCUGUGCGGCACAGUCUGUCCUGAAUUUCCACGCACUGUGCAUCCAGACUGUGCACCGCAGUGCCAGCAGGAUCCCGGGCUCGCCGCUGGGUCCCCGACAGUAUCGCAGCAAUCGGCGUCACAGUUUCAUGGUAGGCGACCCGUUACGCGGCUUCUGUUACGAGACGCCUGGCCUGAGCUUAUGUGGCGGUAGACUCCACAGCUCCCCCUGCAGGGGAGAAUUGGACCGGAUAGCUAGUAGUCACCUCCUCGCUCAAGCGUUGAGGAACCAACAAAUGUGUGGUCUGGUGUGGAUAGUUAGUGAGGACCCACCUUGGCGUAACAGGGUGGUAUAUAAUGCAACUACUUCAGCAGACUCACCGCUGCUGAGUGUGUCUAUGGUGUUACAUCUUUGAUUUACUUGAAAGGGAAAAAAAUGCUUUGGAUGCUAACUGAACCACAGCGACAUUCUGACCAGAUGGUGUGAGUCCUGUUCUUCUCCCUCCACUCACUGGGGCCCCCCCCCCACUGCUAUGCCUGUGAACAGUGUACUUGGGUAUCGUCGCGGUGACGGCCGGAACUUUUCUGUGUAGCUUUAGUGUCUUUCAACAUGCUUCUGUAAAGAGAGGUCUGUAUUAAACACAUCCGUCACAGUAACAUCGCUGAGGUCACUUUGUACAGUUCUCAUUCAAGGAGACGUAGUAAUAUUCUGCUGUAACAUUCUGAAGAGAUAUUAACCGGACACUGAGGCAAUAUAUAAAUAUAUAUUUAUUUUUAAUACACAGAAAAUGUUUGAAGGGGAAAAGCCCCAAAUAUGCAUCGCACCUGUCGUAUCAGUUAGCCUUAGGAAUAAUUUUGUCGUCUCUUGAUAUAUGCAUGUGUUUGUGAAGGUGACAGUCAGUGUAGUCUUGGUGAGCUGUGACAGUCCCUCGUAAUCAAAUCUCCGCUGGUUUUGCGGGAUUAGCAGCUGUGUAAAUAUCUGCUCUUUGAGCUGAAUGAAAAGCGCGCAGAGGCUUUUCAAUGCUGUUUUUUUUUUUGUGUUUAGACACGUUUUAUUUCACAAGUUUGGUUUGCUGUCAUUUUCUGUCAGUAUUUUAUUGGGUUUAUGUGCUGUUUACUGCAUUUUUAUGACCAUUUAUAUGAAACUUUACAAGGUCUAAGUUGAUCUUUGUCAUUUUUCAAUGAUGUGCACAGUUCCUCCGCUCCAUUAUAAUGUUACAAAAAAUGUGUUUUGUAAGCCUUGUAUGUUUUAAAGAAAGAUGGGUGUGGAGGUAUUUGAGUCUGGGAAUGUGCUUUUAUAUUGUAUUUGUAAUCAGGAUGACAUUAGAUACAAGGUUAUGUCUGUCACAAGCUGCUGUUUGUAGCUGUGAGUUCUGCAUGCUGUAUACUCUUGUAGCAGUUGUGAAUCUGAACAUUUACCUUGUUCCCUGUUGAAUGCUGACUGGGUGAAGAUAUUUUCAUACUCAGGUUUUCGUGUGUAUUUCGUUUGGACUGCCCGUUCAGUGUUGUUCCCAUUGUAGCCACAGUCCAGCAACACAUGGAUGUCUGUAUGUCUCUGGACACAUUAAAUAUUUUCCCCUGGAAAUGUUCUGUCUGUGAGUGCAGGGAAUGUUAUGCUGUUUGCCUCUCAGUCAGUUUAAGAACAGCAUUUAGGAGGAAGGAUCACAUGAUCACCAGAAGCUUGGCUAAUCAAAUAAAAUGUCACUUGAAGUC